AUGGGCGACAACAUCCUGUUCUUUAACUUUGAAGACGAAUGUGAUCUAGACAGGGUACUGGAACAUGAACCUUGGACAUAUGACAAACACCUUGUGGUCUUUGAGAAAGUGACUGCAAACGUGCCCAUAUCAUCACUCACCUUCCAGUUUACAACAUUCUGGAUCCAAAUCCAUGAACUACCAGUUCAAUGCCUCAACCAAGAAACACGGGAUGCCAUUGGAAGCUCUUUGGGCACACCAUUACUCAUGACUGAUACAGAAUGUGAAGGAGGUAAGGGAAACUAUUUACGAGUUCGAGUUCGCAUUGAUAUUACUAAACCUUUGAACAGGGUCCGCAAGGUAUGGUCCGAAGGGUCCGUCAUUGGGUGCGCAAUUUUGAAGUACGAGCGUCUCCUAAACUUUUGUUACUGGUGCGGCUUGGUCUCCCAUGAUGAUAGAGAUUGUGAACGCUGGUUGAGAAGCAAAGGUUCACUGAAAAAGUCAGACCAGAAUUUUGGGGAUUGGAUGAGUGCAGAGAUAGACCUUAAUACCAAAAACCUCCAUUACUGUACCUGGAACAAGACCUAA